CAACCCGAUGGCGCGGAGGACUGUUCUUCUGUUUUCUCUCUUUGGGCUUCUGAACGGGCUAGAGAGUCCGAUUCCUUCUGUGCACGAGUGCUGUCAGGUUGGGAGAACCGUAGCAGAGCGAGAACAAGACUGUUCAGUCCUUCCGCGGUUCAACUCCCUCAUCUGCAACAUCACCCAGGAGCACUGCUGUCGCUCAGUGCUGAAAGAGAAAGCCUGUAACCGGGGCAUCAGGAUGGCCCGUGAUCAGAGGGCCUGCGAGAGGCCCUUCUCCACCAGAUCCUCCUGGGAAACCCAAACCACUAAGUUUUGUUGUGAUUGCUGCACGCUUGGUGUGAAGGUGGCAAACACGGAGCUGAGCUGCAAGUUUCAGGGUCUGCAGCUGGGGAAGCAGUGCAUCAGUACAGCUAAAAUGUGCUGCGAGCAACCCAAGGAAGUCAAAUCAACUGUGCAAGCAACAAAAGUGCCUCAAGUUUUUUCUACCAGACUUCCAGAGGAAACAAACACGUGUGCAGACACCGGCUGUGCUCAGUUGUGUGUGGGUAAUGGAAAAUGCGCCUGCUACAAAGGGUUUUCUCUGAAAAAUGACAGAGUGAACUGUGUGGAUGUCGAUGAAUGUUUGGCUGAGAGUCACAACUGCUCCUCUGAGCAAGUUUGCAUCAAUACCGAGGGCUCCUUUCGCUGUCGGAUCAGCUGUCACUCUGGAUUCACGCUCACAGACGACGUUAUCUGCAACGAUAUUAACGAGUGCGCGGCCUCCCCCAGUCCGUGCCGACGGGACCAGACCUGCGUCAACACUGUGGGCUCGUACAAGUGUCACAGCAACACCAUGACCUGUCCGCGGGGAUACCGUCUAUCUGCUAAUGGAUCCAGCUGUGAAGAUGUGGACGAGUGUCUUAUUGGUAAAAAGUGUGGAAACCACAUCUGUGUCAAUCUGGAGGGAACGUAUCGGUGCGAGUGCACAACUGGAUACUCAUUUAACACCAACAGCAAGCUGUGCCAAGACAUUAACGAGUGCAUGCAUUAUCCUGGGCGAUUGUGUGCCCAUAACUGUGAGAACACCAUGGGGUCUUUUCAGUGCAGCUGCUCCCUGGGCUUCAAACUGGCUCACGAUGGCAGAAACUGUGAAGACAUCGAUGAAUGUGAACGCAAACCCUGCAGCCAGGAGUGUACCAAUGUGUACGGGUCAUACCAGUGCUUCUGUCGCCGUGGUUACCAGCUUAGUGACAUUGAUGGGAGAACAUGUGACGAUAUUGAUGAGUGCGCAAAGCCGAAUGUCUGUUCCUACAAGUGCGUCAACACUCCCGGUGGUUUCAACUGUACCUGCCCGCCCAGCGGCUACAUGCUCGCCCAGGAUGGAUGGACCUGUCAAGACAUCGAUGAAUGCGCUGCAGGAACUCAUAGCUGCUCUGCUGCAGAGAACUGCUUUAAUGUCCUGGGAGGGUUUCGCUGUUUCGACUUCCACUGCCCCCCGGACUUCUUACGAGCAGCAAGAGGACUCACAGGAAGUGCCUCCGAGGUCGUGCGAUGCGUUAAAUCCUGCCAGCAGCACGAUAGCAAAUGCGCUCGCAACCCCACCCACAUCGUCACCUCUACCGUCCUCUCUCUGCCAACUUUGCGAGACUUGAAGCAACCCGAAGAGAUUGUAUUUUUGAGGACGGCAACUAAAACAUCUACCCAGAACGAUCCUGACGUGCACUUUGACAUCACGUCUACGGAAAAGCAACACUCCUUCGACGUGAUAAAAACCUCCCAGAACGGCAUGAUUGUUGGUGUAAUCCGGCAGGUGAAAACCAUCCUGGGCCCCAAGGAGCUCGUGUUGAAGGCCACCAUAAAAUACAUGGAGUCAGGGACCCUUUCACAACAAAACAUUGUCAUCCUCCACAUCUUCAUCUCUGAAUUCUGGUUCUGAAAAAACAAACGUGCGUUUUCUAGACAUUUUCUACACAGAAGGAGACAAAUGUGAUGAAGCUUCGAAUUUCUGGAUGAGUCGCAUUUAUUGUGCUGAAUCUUGGGAAAAACUAAAAGCUAGUACCAAUACAUAAAACACCCAGAUACUAUUACAUAAUGCAGCCUUGUACUAAUACAUAAAACACCCAGAUACUAUUACAUAAUGCAGCCUUAUACUAAUACAUACAGGUACUAUUACAUAAUGCAGCCUUGUACUAAUACA